AUGACGUGCUUCAUUGGAAGUGAUAUCCCUCAGCCAGCUCCUCCCAACAUGAACUCUGACCAAGAGGACAGUCAUGGGAGUCCCGGAGCCAGAGAUUCACCUGUAAACAACAAAAGACAAUCUCCCCCCUCAGACAGGCCUCCCUUUGGCGCUCAUCUAAGUACACACCUCAGCAUCUCUGCUGAUGAACAGGACAGCCCAGAGCGAAUUGUUCAGAAGGAAAAACUCCAUGCAGAACUAAAACAAGUUUUGAGUAAAAAGAGAAGCCAGCUUAGAGAAACCCAAACCACCCACACAGACAUGGAGGAACCCCCCAAGACAGACAAUAAGAAUGAGAUGGAGAAGGACAACCAGUUGUCGGAGCUUGUGGAAAUGGUUGUUGAAACACAUGCUGAGGUUGGAGCUAGUGGGUACAGUGUUGUGGGUGGAGGGGAGCAAGGUAUCUUCAUCAAAGAGGUCUUGAAAGACUCCCCAGCAGCAAAGCACCUCAGUCUACAGAAAGGAGAUCAACUGCUAAGUGCCAGGGUGUAUUUUGAUAACGUCAAAUAUGAGGACGCAUUAAAAAUUCUUCAGUGUGCAGAACCCUACAAGGUGUCCUUCUUUUUGAAGAGGACUGUGCCAGGAAGUGAAGUCAGCAUACGUCCAGGGGCACAAAAUCUUGAGCUCAGAGGACCUAAGGCCAAGAUGCAAAAAAUGAGCGUCAAAAGUGUGAAACCAUUCAAAACCAAGAAAAGGAGAGGAGGAAGAUUUGGAUUGAAACGACUGAAAGAGAACAAAAAAGCAAGAGCACAAGCAGAGAUGGAGGUUGAUGGAUCACCUGGUAGAUCAGACAUCAGUUCUGUUGAUGUUGAGUUUGUAUUCCCAAAGUUCAAGAUAAGGAAAGGUGGAAAGGCCACUGCAGAUGAAUCAGAACAUCUGGAGGGUGUUAUCACUAGUACUAAGAAAAAGAGGAAGAUCAGAUUUCCAAAGAUGAAGGCUAUGGAUGCUGCUGUUGGUGAAGGGAAGAUCAGUGUAGAUGUUUCAACACAUGAGGGAGAGGCCUCUGGAUCCAAGCUGAAGGCCAAGACAAAAGGUCCAAAAUUUGGAAUGAAUUUCCCAAAAAUUAAAAAGUCGAAGUUAGAUUUACAAUCUUCAAAUGACAGCUUUGAGGUGAAAGAACUAGAAAGCAAAUUUAAGCUUCCAUCAGUAGAGCGUGAUCUCAACAUGCCUCAGGGCGAGACUGAAACUAAUGUUUCUAAUUUUGAGGUUAGUGUUAAAGAAAAAGGAGAGGGUGCUGAGAUAAAAAUACCAAAGAUAAAUCUGGAUGUCUGUGAUACAAAGUUGACUGUCCCAAAGUUCAAACUAUCAAAUGUAAGACAUUCUUGUCAUUCAGAUGAAUAUGAUGGAGAGGCAAGGAAAGAAACUGAUACAUCUGAAAAUAAACUGAAAAUGCCCAAGAUUGACAUCAAAGCACCAAAUGUGGAUUUGGACUUGCAUCUCCAAAAGACUAAGGGCAAAGCUGAAUUCAAAGAUGUUAAAGUUCCCGACUGCACUGUAAAAGCAACAAAAAUCAACACCACCAAGCCUGACACAUCAUUACCAGAGCUAAACCUUUAUGCAAAACAAAAAUUUGGAGAUGACAUUGAUGGAUCAAUGGAAAAAGAGCAUAAGAUUUCCCUCCCCAAACUUGACAUUGCAGGGCCCAAGAUAGAGAUGUCAGAUGCGGACAUUGGUCUUCCCACAUUAGAUGUGUCCUUACCAAAGAUGGCUGCAAAAAGCAUUGACACUAAGGGACAUGCAAGUACUGGAGUAAAGUUUGAAAUGACAAAAUUAGACAUCUCUCUUCCAAAAAUAGCAUCCUCUGAGAGUGAGGUCAUAUUUGAAGAACCUGGAGCAAUAUGUGGAACAAUUCACAAGCCAAAUAUCAGUAUUCCAUUGCCAAAAGGUAAAGGAAGCAAAGUUCACACACCUUCCCUUGACAUUUCAUUGCCUAAAGAUAAAACAGAGACAAACAUUGAUAUAGAAGGCCAUUCUGGAACAGGUAUAAAGUAUGAAAUGCCUAAAUUUGAUGUUUCUUUGCCUAAAUUAAAACCAUCAGAAGGUGAAAUCGACAGUGAAAGUCCUGAUGUCAAGGGUGGAAAGAUUUACAUGCCUUCUAUUGAUAUCUCUCUCCCAGGAGGAGGAGCAGGAGGAGAUGUAUAUGUUGAAGGAAUUGCAGGAAAAGGAAGGAAAUUUGAAAUGCCUAAAUUAGAUGUUUCUUUGCCUAAAUUAAAAUCAUCAGGAGGUGAAAUGGACAUUGAAGGUCCCGAUAUCAAGGGUGGAAAGUUUCACAUGCCCACUAUUGAUAUCUCUCUGCCAGGAGGAGGAGCAGAAGGAGAUGUAGAUGUUGAAGGACAUGCAGGAAAAGGAAAAAAAAUUGAAAUGCCUAAAUUAGAUGUUUCUUUGCCUAAAUUAAAAUCAUCAGGAGGUGAGAUGGACAUUGAAGGUCCCGAUAUCAAGGGUGGAAAGUUUCACGUGCCCACUAUUGAUAUAUCUCUGCCAGGAGGAGGAGCAGGAGGAAAUGUAGAUGUCGAAGGGCAUGCGGGAAAAGGAAGAAAAUUCAAAAUGCCAAAAUUAGAUGUUUCUUUGCAAAAAUUAAAAUCAACAGGUGUAGUUGACAUUGAAGGUACUGAUGUCAAGGAUGGAAAGAUUCACAUGCCCACUAUUGAUAUCUCUCUGCCAGGAGGAGGAGCAGAAGGAGAUGUAGAUGUUGAAGGACAUGCAGGAAAAGGAAAAAAAAUUGAAAUGCCUAAAUUAGAUGUUUCUUUGCCUAAAUUAAAAUCAUCAGGAGGUGAAAUGGACAUUGAAGGUCCCGAUAUCAAGGGUGGAAAGUUUCACAUGCCCACUAUUGAUAUCUCUCUGCCAGGAGGAGGAGCAGGAGGAAAUGUAGAUGUCGAAGGGCAUGCGGGAAAAGGAAGAAAAUUCAAAAUGCCAAAAUUAGAUGUUUCUUUGCCAAAAUUAAAAUCAUCAGGUGUAGUUGACAUUGAAGGUCCUGAUGUCAAGGAUGGAAAGAUUCACAUGCCCACUAUUGAUAUCUCUCUGCCAGGAGGAGGAGCAGGAGGAGAUGUAGAUAUUGAAGGACCUGCAGGAAAAGGAAUAAAAUUUGAAAUGCCUAAAUUUGAUGUUUCCUUGCCUAAAUUAAAACCAUCAGAAGGUGAAAUCAAUGUUGAAGGUCCUGAUAUGAAGGGUGGAAAUUUUAAUUUGCCCUCUAUUGAUAUCUCUCUGCCAGGAGGAGGAGCAGGAGGAGAUGUAGAUAUUGAAGGACCUUCAGGAAAAGGAAGAAAAAUUAAAAUGCCUAAAUUAGAUGUUUCUUUGCCUAAAUUAAAAUCAUCAGGUGUUGACAUUAAAGAUCCUGAUGUCAAGGAUGGAAAGAUUCACAUGCCCACUAUUGAUAUCUCUCUGCCAGGAGGAGGAGCAGCAGGAGAUGUAGAUGUUGAAGGACAUACAGGAAAAGGAAGAACAUUUGAAAGGCCUAAAUUAGAUGUUUCUUUGCCUAAAUUAAAAUCAUCAGGUGUAGUUGGCAUUGAAGGUCCUGAUGUCAAGAGUGGAAAGGUUCACGUGCCCUCUACAGAUAUCUCUCUGCCUGGAGGAGUAGUAGUGGGAGAUGUAGAUGUCGAAGGGCAUGUGGGAAAAGGAAGAAAAUUCAAAAUGCCAAAAUUAGAUGUUUCUUUGCCAAAAUUAAAAUCAUCAGGUGUAGUUGACAUUGAAGCUCCUGAUGUCAAGGGUGGAAAUUUAGACAUGCCCUCUAUUGAUAUUUCUCUGCCAGGAGGAGGAGCAGGAGGAUAUGUAGAUGUUAAAGGACAUGCAGGAAAAGGAAGAAAAUUUGAAAUGCCUAAAUUAGAUGUUUCUUUGCCUAAAUUAAAACCAUCAGGUGUAGUUGGCAUUGAAGGUCCUGAUGUCAAGGGUGGAAAGAUUCACAUGCCCACUAUUGAUAUCUCUCUGCCAGGAGGAGGAGCAGGAGGAGAUGUAGAUGUUGAAAAACCUUCGGGAAAAGGAGGAAAAUUUGAAAUGCCUAAAUUAGAUGUUUCUUUGCCAAAAUUCAAAGUGUCUUCUGGAGAAAUCGAUGUUAAAGGUCCCGAUAUCAAGGGUGAAAUGUUUCACAUGCCCUCUAUUGAUAUCUCCCUGCCAGGAGGAAGAGCAGAAGGAGAUAUAGAUGUUGAAGGACAUGCAGAAAAAGGAAGAAAAUUUGAAAUGCCUAAAUUAGAUGUUUCCUUGCCUAAAUUGAAGCCAUCAGGAGGUGAAAUCAACAUUGAAGAUCCCGAUAUCAAGGGUGGAAAGUUUCACAUGCCCUCUAUUGAUAUCUCUCUGCCAGGAGGAGGAGCAGAAGGAGAUGUAGAUGUUGAAGGACAUGCAGGAAAAGGAAGGAAAUUUGAAAUGCCAAAAUUAGAUAUUUCCUUGCCAAAAUUAAAAACGUCUGCUAGAGAAAUCAACGUUGAAGGUCCCGAUAUCAAGGGUGAAACGGUUCACAUGCCCUCUAUAGAUAUCUCUCUGCCUGAAGGAGAAACAGGAGGAUAUGUAGAUGUUAAAGGACAUGCAGGAAAAGGAAGAACAUUUGAAAUGCCUAAAUUAGAUGUAUCAUUACCUAAAUUAAAACCAUCAGGAGGUGAAAUCAAUGAUGAAGGCCCCAAUAUCAAGGGUGGAAAGUUUCACAUGCCCUCUAUUGAUAUCUCUCUGCCAGGAGGAGGAGCAGGAGGAGAUGUAGAUGUUGAAAAACCUUCAGGAAAAGGAAGUAAAUUUGAAAUCCCUAAACUAGACGUUUCUUUGCCAAAAUUCAAACUGUCUUCUGGAGAAAUCGAUGUUAAAGGUCCCGAUAUCAAGGGUGAAAUGUUUCAUAUGCCCUCUUUAGAUAUCUCUCUGCCAGGAGGAGGAGCAGGAGGAGAUGUAGAUGUUAAAGGACAUGCAGGAAAAGGAAGAAAAUUUGAAAUGCCAAAAUUUGACGUUUCAUUGCCUAAAUUAAAACCAUCAGAAGGUGAAAUCAACAUUGAAGGUCCCGAUAUCAAAGGAGGAAAGUUUCACAUGCCCUCUAUUGAUAUCUCCCUGCCAGGAGGAAGAGCAGAAGGAGAUAUAGAUGUUGAAGGACAUGCAGAAAAAGGAAGAAAAUUUGAAAUGCCUAAAUUAGAUGUUUCCUUGCCUAAAUUGAAGCCAUCAGGAGGUGAAAUCAACAUUGAAGAUCCCGAUAUCAAGGGUGGAAAGUUUCACAUGCCCUCUAUUGAUAUCUCCCUGCCAGGAGGAAGAGCAGAAGGAAAUAUAGAUGUUGAAGGACAUGCAGGAAAAGGAAGAAAAUUUGAAAUGCCUAAAUUAGAUGUUUCCUUGCCAAAAUUAAAGCCAUCAGGAGGUGAAAUCAACAUUGAAGAUCCCAAUAUCAAGGGUAGAAAGUUUCACAUGCCCUCUAUUGAUAUCUCUCUGCCAGGAGGAGGAGCAGAAGGCGAUGUAGAUGUUGAAGGACAUGCAGGAAAAGGAAGGAAAUUUGAAAUGCCAAAAUUAGAUAUUUCCUUGCCAAAAUUAAAAACGUCUGCUAGAGAAAUCAACGUUGAAGGUCCCGAUAUCAAGGGUGAAACGGUUCACAUGCCCUCUAUAGAUAUCUCUCUGCCUGAAGGAGAAACAGGAGGAUAUGUAGAUGUUAAAGGACAUGCAGGAAAAGGAAGAACAUUUGAAAUGCCUAAAUUUGAUGUAUCAUUACCUAAAUUAAAACCAUCAGGAGGUGAAAUCAAUGAUGAAGGCCCCAAUAUCAAGGGUGGAAAGUUUCACAUGCCCUCUAUUGAUAUCUCUCUGCCAGGAGGAGGAGCAGGAGGAGAUGUAGAUGUUGAAAAACCUUCAGGAAAAGGAAGUAAAUUUGAAAUCCCUAAACUAGACGUUUCUUUGCCAAAAUUCAAACUGUCUUCUGGAGAAAUCGAUGUUAAAGGUCCCGAUAUCAAGGGUGAAAUGUUUCAUAUGCCCUCUAUAGAUAUCUCUCUGCCUGGAGGAGAAGCAGGAGGAGAUGUAGAUGUUAAAGGACAUGCAGGAAAAGGAAGAAAAUUUGAAAUGCCAAAAUUUGAUGUUUCAUUGCCUAAAUUAAAACCAUCAGGAGGUGAAAUCAACAUUGAAGGUCCCGAUAUCAAAGGUGGAAAGUUACACAUGCCCACUAUUGAUAUCUCUCUGCCAGGAGGAGGAGGAGCAGGAAAUGUAGAUGUUGAAGGACAUGCAGGAAAAGGAAGAAAAUUUGAAAUGCCAAAAUUAGAUGUUUCUUUGCCUAAAUUAAAACCAUCAGGAGGUGAAAUCAACAUUGAAGGUCCCGAUAUCAAAGGUGGAAAGUUACACAUGCCCACUAUUGAUAUCUCUCUGCCAGGAGGAGGAGGAGCAGGAGCUGUAGAUGUCGAAGGACCUGCAGGAAAAGGAAGAAAAUUUGAAAUGCCUAAAUUUGAUGUUCCCUUGUCUAAAUUAAAACCACCAGGAGGUGAAAUCAACAUUGAAGGUCCCGAUAUCAAGGGUGGAAAGUUUAACAUGCCCACUAUUGAUAUCUCUCUGCCAGGAGGAGGAGCAGGAGGAGAUGUAGAUGUUGAAGGACAUGCAGGGAAAGGAAGGAAAUUUGAAAUGCCAAAAUUAGAUAUUUCCUUGCCAAAAUUAAAAACGUCUGCUAGAGAAAUCAACGUUGAAGGUCCCGACAUCAAGGGUGAAAUGUUUCAUAUGCCCUCUAUAGAUAUCUCUCUGCCUGGAGGAGACGCAGGAGGAGAUGUAGAUGUUAAAGGACAUGUAGGAAAAGGAAGAAAAUUUGAAAUGCCAAAAUUAGAUGUUUCUUUGCCUAAAUUAAAACCAUCAGGAGGUGAAAUCAACAUUGAAGGUCCCGAUAUCAAAGGUGGAAAGUUACACAUGCCCACUAUUGAUAUCUCUCUGCCAGGAGGAGGAGCAGGAGGAGAUGUAGAUGUAGAAGGACAUGCAGGAAAAGGAAGGAAAUUUGAAAUGCCAAAAUUAGAUAUUUCCUUGCCAAAAUUAAAAAUGUCUGCUAGAGAAAUCAACGUUGAAGGCCCCAAUAUCAAGGGUGGAAAGUUUCACAUGCCCUCUAUUGAUAUCUCUCUGCCAGGAGGGGGAGCAGUAGGAGAUGUAGAUGUUGAAAAACCUUCGGGAAAAGGAAGAAAAUUUGAAAUGCCUAAAUUAGACGUUUCUUUGCCAAAAUUCAAACUGUCUUCUGGAGAAAUCGAUGUUGAAGGUCCCGACAUCAAGGGUGAAAUGUUUCAUAUGCCCUCUAUAGAUAUCUCUCUGCCUGGAGGAGAAGCAGGAGGAGAUGUAGAUGUUAAAGGACAUGCAGGAAAAGGAAGAAAAUUUGAAAUGCCAAAAUUUGACGUUUCAUUGCCUAAAUUAAAACCAUCAGGAGGUGAAAUCAACAUUGAAGGUCCCGAUAUCAAAGGUGUAAAGUUACACAUGCCCACUAUUGAUAUCUCUCUGCCAGGAGGAGCAGGAGAUGUAGAUGUUGAAGGACAUGCAGGAAAAGGAAGAAAAUUUGAAAUGCCAAAAUUAGAUGUUUCUUUGCCUAAAUUAAAACCAUCAGGAGGUGAAAUCAAUGUUGAAGGUCACGAUAUGAAGGGUGGAAAGUUACGCAUGCCCUCUGUUGAUACCUCUCUGCCAGGAGGAGGAGCAGGAGGAGAUGUAGAUGUUGAAGGACCUGCAGGAAAAGGAAGAAAAUUUGAAAUGCCUAAAUUUGAUGUUCCCUUGCCUAAAUUAAAACCACCAGGAGGUGAAAUCAACAUUGAAGGUCCCGAUAUCAAGGGUGGAAAGUUUAACAUGCCCACUAUUGAUAUCUCUCUGCCAGGAGGAGGAGCAGGAGGAGAUGUAGAUGUUGAAGGACAUGCAGGAAAAUUUGAAAUGCCAAAAUUUGACGUUUCAUUGCCUAAAUUAAAACCAUCAGGAGGUGAAAUCAACAUGGAAGGUCCCGAUAUCAAAGGUGGAAAGUUUCACAUGCCCACUAUUGAUAUCUCUCUGCCAGGAGGAGGAGCAGGAGAAGAUGUAGAUGUUGAAGGACAUGCAGGAAAAGGAAGAAAAUUUGAAAUGCCUAAAUUAGAUAUUUCUUUGCCAAAAUUAAAAGCAUCUGCAGGAGAAAUCAAUGUUGAAGGUCCCGAUAUCAAGGCUGAAACAUUUCAUAUGCCCUCUUUAGAUAUCUCUCUGCCUGGAGGAGGAGCAGGAGGAGAUGUAGAUAUUGAAGGACAUGCAGGAAAAGGAAGAAAAUUUGAAAUGCCUAAAUUAGAUGUUUCCUUGCCUAAAUUAAAACCAUCAGGAGGUAAAAUCAACAUUGAAGGUCCCGAUAUCAAAGGUGGAAAGUUACACAUGCCCACUAUUGAUAUCUCUCUGCCAGGAGGAGGAGGAGCAGGAGAUGUAGAUGUUAAAGGACAUGCAGGAAAAGGAAGAACAUUUGAAAUGCCUAAAUUAGAUGUAUCAUUACCUAAAUUAAAACCAUCAGGAGGUGAAAUCAAUGUUGAAGGCCCCAAUAUCAAGGGUGGAAAGUUUCACAUGCCCUCUAUUGAUAUCUCUCUGCCAGGAGGAGGAGCAGGAGGAGAUGUAGAUGUUGAAAAACCUUCGGGAAAAGGAAAAAAAUUUGAAAUGCCUAAAUUAGACGUUUCUUUGCCAAAAUUCAAACUGUCUUCUAGAGAAAUCGAUGUUAAAGGUCCCGACAUCAGGGGUGAAAUGUUUCAUAUGCCCUCUAUAGAUAUCUCUCUGCCUGGAGGAGAAGCAGGAGGAGAUGUAGAUGUUAAAGGACAUGCAGGAAAAGGAAGAAAAUUUGAAAUGCCAAAAUUUGACGUUUCAUUGCCUAAAUUAAAACCAUCAGGAGGUGAAAUCAACAUUGAAGGUCCCGAUAUCAAAGGUGGAAAGUUACACAUGCCCACUAUUGAUAUCUCUCUGCCAGGAGGAGGAGCAGCAGGAGAUGUAGAUGUUGAAGGACAUACAGGAAAAGGAAGAACAUUUGAAAUGCCAAAAUUAGAUGUUUCUUUGCCAAAAUUUAAAUCAUCAGGUGAAGUUGACAUUCAAGGUCCUGAUAUGAAGGGAGGAAAGUUUCAUAUGCCCUCUAUAGAUAUCUCUAUGCUAGGAGGAGGAGCAGGAGGAGAUUUAGAUGUUGAAAAACCUUCAGGAAAAGGAAGAAAAUUUGAAAUGCCUAAAUUAGAUGUUUCUUUGCCAAAACUAAAAACGUCUGCUGGAGAAAUCAAUGUUGAAGGUCCUGAUGUCGAGGGUGGAAAUUUAGACAUGCCCUCUAUAGAUAUCUCUUUAACUGGAGGAGAAGCAGGAGGAGAUGUAGAUUUUAAAGGACAUGCAGGAAAAGGAAGAAAAUUUGAAAUGCCAAACUUAGAUAUUUCAUUGCCUAAAUUAAAACCAUCAGGAGGUGAAUUUAACGUUGAAAGUCCCAAUAUGAAGGGUGGAAAGUUUCACAUGCCCUCUAUUGAUAUCUUUCUGCCAGGAGGAGGAGCAGAACGAGAUGUAAAUGUUGAAGGACAUGCAGGAAAAGGAGGAAAAAUUGAAAUGCCAAAAUUAGAUGUUGCUUUGCCAAAAUUUAAAGCAUCUGCUGGAGAAAUCAAUGUUGAAGGCCAAGAUAUCAAGGGUGGAAAGUUUCACAUGCCCUCUAUAAAUAUCUCUCUGCCUGGAGGAGGAUUAGGAGGAGAUGUAGAUGUUGAAGGACCUUCAGGAAAAGGAAGAAAAUUUGAAAUACCAGAAUUAGAUGUUUCUUUGCCAAAAUUAAAACCUUCAGGAGGUCAAAUUGACUUUGAAGGCCCGGGAUAUCAAGGGUAUAAGAUUCACAUGCCCACUAUUGAUAUCUCUAUCCCUAAAAUGAAUCUAACAGAUCGUGAACUAAAAGUUCGGUCAGAUAAUAAAGACAUAGACUUUAACUUGACCCAUGAUUCUGAUAUAGAGACCAAAGCCUCUGGUGCCAAAAUUAGUGAUUUCAAUGUCCCUGAAGUAACUUUAGGUGGGAACAUCAAGCUGCCAAGUGUGAAAAUACCAACUGUUGACAUAUCUGCUCCUAAAGUUGACCUGGACUUUAGUCUUCCCAAGGGAAAGGGCAGUGAUAGAGAAAAUAUUGAACUUCUUAAGGCAGAGGGUGGAAGGCCGUCAUCUGAGGCAAGUUUUGAUGUUCCAGACGUCUCUGUAAAAAUGCCCAAAAUUUCACUUCCUAAAUUUGGCAGAAAAUCGAAAAGUGGAGACAAACUAGAACUGGAGAGUCCUGACUUAUCUAUAGAUUUGGAAAUGAAAAGAACAUCACCAUCUAAAAAGGAUACUGAAAUAAUUGUUCCUGACACUGAACUGAAGAUCAAAGCAGGUGCUGAAGAAAUUACAAAACCAGAAUUCAGAGUAGAGGGUCCUGAAGAUAAGGUCAAAUCCAAGUUCAAAUUCCCCAAAUUCAAGACACCUACUCCUAAAGCAAAGCUUAAAGAUGUAGAAAUACAUAUGCCUGGAUAUGUGGACAACAAAGGAAAAGUCAGAAUGCCAGCAGUUGAGAUAUCAUUGCCAAAAGCAAAUAUUCCAGAAUGUGAGGCAUUGCUUCCUAAACCUGAGGUUGAUGUAUCUGAGGCAGAUAUCAGAGGUUAUGAGGGCAGUUUAAAAAUCCCUAAGAUGCCAACAAUUGAUAUAUCAGUUCCAAAAGUUGAUUUAGAUGUUUCUUUGCCUAGGGUGAAACUUCAUGAACCCAUGGACUCUUCUGACUUAAACAUUGAUGGUAGUAGGGGUACAGUUAAUUUACCCCAUGUCAAGAUCCCUAAAGUUGACAUUUCACUCCCUCGUGCCAAAAUGGGUGGCAUAGAUAACCAUGAGGUGGAGGUUGGAAGGAAGGGUAAAUUAAGAAUUCCAAAAGUGGAAAUAUCAUUACCACAUGCAAAACACGACACAUUUUACACUGGCACCGAAAUUAAAGGUGAAAAGCUAAAAAUACCAAAAAUGUCAGUGCCUAGUGUUGAUUUAUCAUUGCCUCAUGGAAAGGAAAAUGAUGAUCCUGAUGUAGAAUUCGGAGCGAAAGGGAGUAAAUUAAAAAUGCCAGACAUUAUAGUGCCUAAGAUAGAUUUAUCACUACCUCGUGGAAGGAAAGAAGAUAAUCACAAACUUGAUUCAGAACUAGAAGGUGCGAAAUUAAAGAUGCCAAACAUUGAUAUACCCAUUCCUCAAAUAAAAUCUAAAGAUGUUGUUUCAGAACUUCAACCUGAUGUAGGAAAAGGUGAAGUCAUGAUCCCUGGGAUAAGGGGAUCUGUGGAAGUAAAAGGUGGACAAUGUAAGAUACCUGAUAUUAAGAUACCACAGGUAGACAUAUCAUUACCAGAAAGUAGAACUGGAGAGUUUGAUACCAAAGAGGGAGAAUCUGGAGGAGUGGGUGGAAAAUUGACAAUGCCGAAUGUUAAAAUCCCAAAACUAGAUAUAGGAAUCUCUAGAGAUGCAAACAUAUUAGAUCCUUCUAUUGAUGCAAGCCUUAAGGAUUCACAUAAAGAGGGUAAAAAGAUGAUGAUGCCUAAUGUGCCUCUAGAGCUGGAUCUUGGCAUAUCAAAAGAUGGAAACCAGGAUAAAAAGAAAUCUGAACUUCAAGAUACUGAUCUGGAACCCACACCGAAAGAAAAAAUAAAAGGGCCAAAAGUUAAAGGUACAAAAUUUAAUAUUGGAAUGCCAAAAGUAAAAGUUUCUGUAUUAGAAACUGACAUAAACAAGUCUGGAAAAAUGGAAGCUAAAUUUCUAAAAGGAGGAACUGAUGCAAACUUGGAAGCUGGUUUACAAGCACCAAAGAUUCCUGAACUUGACUUUGACAUUGAGACUGCCCAAGCUGACACUAAUAAUUCUGAUGAAGAUAAAAAGCAGACUGGUAAAGUUAAAAUUCCAAAGUUUGGGAUUCCUCUGCCCUCUUUAAGUUCACCUGAAAUCAACAUCAAAUCUUCUCAGGGAAAAGGUCACUCUAUAAACAUAGACUCCAAGGUAGAGUAUGAAAGUCCACGUCUGCCAAAAGUAACAAAAGCUGUAUUUGUUAUGGUGGAUCCACAAACUGAGAGCUCAGCUAGUGUAGGUGGUGAAGCAAGUGCAGAAACUAUAGAUGUGAAGAUUAAACAGCCAAAGAUCAAAAUGAAGCCGAGUUUUGGGAAGUCUCAAUCAAAUGAAAAGGGGAAAGCAAUAUAUUGCGAAGAUGAGGUGGAAACUGAGGGAAAGUCCAAAACUGCUAAGCUUAAAUUUCCCAAAGUCACAUUCUCAUCUGGGCAGAGAGGAUCAUUUGAUGUAACGCCAAGUGGGUCUGAUGAUGGAACAAGUCCAAGUCUAAAUGGUAACAAAGAUGAAAAAACAAUGUUUGGAAAGCUUAAAUUGCCUAAAGUGGACUUUUCCUCACCAUACUCAAAAAAUGAAAGUGAGGGAGAGGAAAUGGAAACAAGCAUGAAACUCAGGAUGGACAGCUCAGGAGAAAGCAAAGAUAGCAAGGAGUCAAAGACAAUAUCAGGCACAAUGUCUUUCCCAGGUCUAAAGAAGAAAACAGAGAAGGAUGAGGAGAUGAGAAAGAUUAGUACUAUAGUAUCCUCGAAAGCAAGGACUGAAAUGUUGGCAGAACGGGAGGGAUCAGAGUCUCCAGUACCCACAGUAUCAUCUGGAUUUGUCUCUGUAAUGAAGUGUGAAGAAAGAGAGGAGACAACAUGGUUCAAAGUACCCAAGGUCACCCUUAGACCCCAUUCUACAGACAUCCUUCAUAUCACACCAGAAAGCUCUCCAAAAGGAAGCAAGUCCUCUCUUCCUUGUUCUAGUGAGGGAGCUUCUGGAGGUUUCUAUGUGAAGAUCCCAAGCGUAGAAUUUUUGACCCAUGAAAUGCCCUCAGAGCAUCUGAUUACUAAAACAGAGGGAACUCUUACUAUAGUGACUAAGACGUCAAAGUAUACAGAAACAAAAGGUACCAGUUUCGAAACAGUAAGAAUCUCACAGAACUGUGAGAUCUAAUCAGUAGUGGAAUAAUAAUUAGGCCCACUUAUUUGCAUGUGACAACUGUUUCAAUCUUACUGGUUUCAUUAUAUUUAAAGUAAAGAAAGCAAACAUACUUUCUCCAGCUUUUGCAGGAAAAACCUAACUUAUAUAUGAUCAAAAUGUUGCUACAGAAAUAAUAUUAUUUAUUUUAAACAUUAUUUUCAUGUUUUGUAACUUCCCACUUUAAAUUGAUAAAUUUGUAAAAGAUCACAUAUAUUUACACAGAAAUAUAUAGUUGUAGAUAAAAAUAAAUAAAAAACAUCAUAGGCACAAAUAUGUAGAACAUGGACAGAUGCAAAGACAUUGCAUUUUACAUUUUCUUAUGUUUUUUUUUUUUUGUGUGCAGCCUUGCAUGACAUUUAUGCUGUAGAAUUACACCAUUUUGGUAACAUUGCUUUGGUUUUUCGAUGCCUGGUUUGUCUCUGUAGUUUUUGGUUGUUGUUAUGGAAUUUUGUUUAUUUUAGAUACUAUUAGAAAUAUGUGUACAUAUUUAUAUGCAUGAUCUGUACAGCUAAGAACCUGUAACGUAGAGUAUUUUUGUGAUACAUAUUUUUGUGAAUUUUAAGAUAAAUUGAAACAACAUGAAGUUUUUUUUUUUUUUUUUCAAUCACAUUUUCUAAGGAUUGUGACAUGCUGUACCAGAAAGAAUUUUUCUGUUCAGGAGAAAUGCUCUGAAUUCUAAUGAAUUGAAAACACUGAGUGUGACAUGUUUUUCUUUUCUUUUCUUUUUUUAAUUAGCUCUUGUGUUGGUGAUGGAAUUGGCCUACAUGCGAGCAAUAUCAUUGUAUAUAUAAUAUUUAAGGCAGGUUUAAUUACAGAACUGCAUGUUUGUAAUGUGUUGUUGUUGUUUAAAAUAAUUUAGAUGAUGCUUAUCUCCAUCUAGUGCAAAAAUAGAACCGUCAAAUAAAAUAUUACCAUACUAAAUA